AGGGGAACGAUCGCCAUGCCAACUCCGGACGCAGACCGCCACCGGGUCAGGGCUCGACCGGCGGUCCGAACCCGAGUCCCACUCCGGCAACUCCUCCGAGUGGCAUCGGUCGCGUGUGGAAUCCAAUUCGGUUGGGCCCUACAGCUCUCGCUCUUGACUCCGUACGUUCAAGAGCUCGGAAUCCCUCACGCUUGGGCCAGCGUCAUAUGGCUCUGUGGGCCUUUAUCGGGCCUUGUGGUCCAGCCCCUUGUGGGCCACAUGAGCGACCGCUGCACAAGCCGAUACGGUCGUCGGCGCCCAUUCAUCGUCGUCGGAGCGGCCUGUAUCGCCGUCUCCGUUCUAAUCAUCGGCUUCUCCGCCGAUAUCGGGUGGUUGCUAGGCGACAGAGGCGGCGGCGUCAGGCCCAGAGCCAUCGCCGUGUUCGUGUUCGGGUUUUGGAUUCUGGACGUGGCCAAUAAUGUGACUCAGGGUCCUUGUAGAGCUCUCCUCGCUGAUCUCACUGAAAAGGAUUAUCGAAGAACUCGAGUGGCAAACGCUUAUUUCUCUCUGUUUAUGGCGGUUGGCAAUGUUCUUGGAUAUGCAACUGGAUCAAUAAGUUACUUGUUCAUGGUUUUUCCAUUUUCAAUUACCCCAGCAUGCAAUGUUAACUGUGCAAACCUCAAGUCUGCUUUCUUCGUUGACACUGCCUUCAUUGCAAUUACUACGUGGAUAAGCAUAUCAGCAGCUCAGGAAACACCUCUGGGUUCAAGUAACAGAACUACACCCUUUGCUGAUGAAGGGCCAGGACGGUCAAGUCAUAUUGAAGAAGCUUUUCUCUGGGAGCUGUUUGGGACUUUUAGAUAUUUCCCAGGGUCUGUAUGGUUAAUCCUACUUGUUAUUGCUCUAAACUGGAUUGGGUGGUUUCCAUUUCUUCUCUUUGAUACUGAUUGGAUGGGUCGAGAGAUUUAUGGUGGCAAGCCAAAUGAAGGGAUAAAUUAUAGUACUGGUGUUAGAAUGGGAGCUCUUGGUCUGAUGUUGAAUUCGGUUAUUCUUGGUAUAACCUCGGUGCUUAUGGAGAAGCUUUGCAGGAAAUGGGGGGCUGGUUUUGUGUGGGGAAUUUCAAGCAUUCUCAUGACUCUCUGCUUUUUCGCAAUGCUUGUUAUUACAUUUGUGAACAAGAGUAUUGGCGUUGGGGACCAUGAUUUACCUCCAGAUGGCGUUGUGAUAGCUGCACUGGUUGUUUUUGCAGUUCUCGGUAUUCCAUUGGCGAUCACAUACAGUGUUCCGUAUGCUUUGGUUUCUUCUCGAAUUGAGUCUUUGGGACUUGGCCAAGGUUUAUCAAUGGGUGUACUGAAUCUGGCAAUAGUAAUCCCGCAGGUGAUCGUAUCACUAGGAAGUGGACCGUGGGAUGAGCUAUUUGGUGGUGGAAAUGCUCCAGCCUUUGCCGUGGCAGCAGUUGCAUCCUUAGCCAGCGGCCUGGUGGCCAUCUUGGCAAUUCCACGUUCUGCUGCUCCUAAGCCCGGAGCUGUCGCAUGAGUCAAUCAGUUGAAGUUACUUGUGUUCAAAUAAUUUAAAGGCCUGGCAGCGAGUAUGUGGAUGUUGAACUCAAUUUCCACGUGCAGUGCUUCGAUUCAGCAAAUUAUACAUCUGAGUUUCUACAAUUAAUUCAAUUCCUGCUGGGCACUUGGUGAAAUCCCUAUGUGGGAAUCACAUAUUUGUUUAGACAUGGGAAAUCCAUGUGGAAUGGGUGAUUUUAGACACUGCUAUUUGUAAAAGUGUCGUGGGAAACAAGAUUGUCAUAAAGCGAUAGCUUUCCGCAGACGCUGGCUACGAAAAUAUGUUGAUGUAAUAGAAGUCAGUUAGUGCCCGGUGAGACAAGUUAUCUACAACUAGUGGAGAAUUUCUUGAAUGAAAAAACCAGUCCCAUCUGCAGGAUUGUGGCAAAUUGCCAUGGAAAAGUAGGUGCAGCCUCCUCAGCUGUAGAUUCCGGAAUUAAUCCGAGACUAGUUUGCUACCAACCAAAGAUAAGAUGUUGCGGCUGUUAGAGAAUAAUUCGUCAUGAAAAUAUUAUGUUUUCCUUUCGGGUAAAGCUUCGAUUGGGCGAUGGUGGUUCGGCUAUGAGGUAUUGGAAUCUCAUGCGUUUUGUUCAUCGAUUUUGUUGUAUGAAUAUGGUGGCCAGCAGUGAAUAUGUGAAAUGUACUGAUCGAAACCUUGAUGGAGACCAUGCCUUUUUAUUCUCUCUGAUUUUUUUUUUUUUGGUUC